AUAAAAGCUCUAACAUCAUCGUUUUGUUAAUGGCACAGCAGGUGCUGUCAAAAAAAGAAAUCCCGAUCUUUCCAGUACUGUGGAAAAACUGAACCUACGCAGUCCCGCCUUGCAUGCUAGGGCCUCAUGAGACACAGAUGUACACCUUGGAAACGCCUGCGUUGCCGCAACCGGCUACAGUCACGAGACGUGAAUGUGUUUUCACUUUUCUGUUUCGUUAAUAACCUUUCAGACGAUGUUGGUUUAAUGCGACGGUGUGCUCUGCUUUUUCCGCGUAUGGAAUUGCCGUGCUGCAGUCUGAGGUGUACACGUCCUGCACACUGCUGUACAGUGAGUAGUGGACGCUUUACGUGGACGACCGCGUACAUCUGAAGGACUUUACGAAUGCCGUUUUGCGCAGAUGCGCUUGUUUUUCGAUGUUUCUUCCCCUCCUGUGCUUCCUCUGUUUUCUGAGAAAAGGAGAAAAAACUACGAGGUGGCACCCUUGUUCCCACUUCGCCUUCUACCACUCUCUGGUUUGCUCCCGGCAGGCUACCGGGUGUGUCUCUGGCCCCCCCGAGCCUAAUAGGGAUCAGGGUCGGUGAAAGGGUCUGGAAGAACGAAACAGUAUAUAACCUGCUGCACUCAGGUUUCCUCAGUUUUUCUUCAGUGUCACAUUUCGGGUAGUGGAGUGACUGUGGUAGUUCCGGAAAAUAAAUUUGCACACGAGAGACGCAACACAAAACUAAUGUGAGCAAUACUUGAUAAUCCGUGAGGUCUGAGGGGCACCCGUCGACUAAGCCCUUGAACAAGGAAACUUUCACUUGCCCCUCACUUACGAAGGACUCCCUGAGCGUGCAUUUCUUUCCCCAAAACGCUUCAUAAACAAAGCCAUUCUGCUACCAGUAAUGAAGACGCGAGCAACUCGCAAACGAAGCCGCCCUGCGAAAGGUUCUUCCGCAGGCGCGCAGGCGGCCGACACUGACACGGCAGCGACGGAGACUAAGAUGGAAAAUGGGAGCGAUGACUCGACGGGGACAGAAGUGGCGACCUUGAGAGAAGGUACCCGAAAACAAGCGGCGCGCGGUGAGAACCUAGACUGCGGAAGCAAGGGCGAAUCCACGCCAACUGCAGGCACGCACGGUGGCUUUCAGGUACUCUCCUCACUACGUGAGAAAUGGGUUUCUUGUCUAAGAACAGAAUUGGGUCUGACACUGGCGGGACACUCAAUGAGUGAGGUACCUGGUUCUUCACCAAGUCGCGCAGGCGCACCUAGCUGCGGAGUGCUAGAGCUCUGGGCUUUCUGCAUGCAUCUCGCUAAUCAACGGAAUGAAGACAAACCUGGACUAGCGCUGGAACCCAUCGGCUUGAGACUGACAGGUGUUUUCGACCUUCUGGCGGAACAGGUUACGCCAAACGAUGAGACUCUGCCCCGAAGAGGCCGACAUUUCUAUGACCUUCCCGAGUGUCUCCCUGUCCUGGAUACGUUUUCUACGUCUUCUUCGUUGACACCCGAAGGCUACCAUCUGUGUCUCUUCCGUGAUCGUGAGGACCAACAGCCGCAUGCAGUAGUCUCCAGUGUCCCUUCAGAGGGCCCUUUGUUUGCUGUUGUGUGCGCGGAUCCGGAGCUUCUCACGCUCCCCGACCCCCCCGUCGUCUCUAGAUCGGUGGAAGAACCACCGCGAAAGCAGAGAGGAAAGAAGACACGGAAAGCUGAAGGACUCGAUGCAGAUCAAGCUGCGAGCAAGGCGGAAGAUGCACAUGUGCCACUGCUUCUCUCUGCCGUUUUGCUGCACUGCGACCGUAUUCUGGCCGCGUCGUCUACGCCAACGGCUCGCGCGAAGAAUGGAACGAAGAAAUCUCGCACGGUGGAAAAGAAAACUGAGCAAAGGAGUCAGGACCCUGAAACACAGCAGAAUGAAUACCAUGUAGAAGAAGCAAAGAGAAUUCGAAGUGCUCUUGUCAACUGGCUGAACGCAGAGCUAGCUGUUGGUGAUGCGUCUCUCGCGCGAAUUGAGGCUAACACACAAAGCUGGAAGCAGAAGCGAAAGAAGGCCGUUGUAUCUUCAGAUCUGUCAGGCUUAGGCGUGCUGGUACCGUAUGACGCCGAGACGGAGACAGGGUACCGGAGUCUGGGAUUCACAGAUUCCGGCCUUAGGAAGACGAUCCUGGCCAUCAAAGCUGCCCCGAAGGAAGAGAGAGACAUGCAACCACUCGACGAGCUCUUGAAUCUUGCAGGAAUUGCAAUGGAUGAAGGAGACGUAGGGGCGGCUCUUCACCUAGGACGGAACCUCUUCCUUCUAGACGCGCCGAAUGAGAAAUGCUGCAGGAUGUUGACGCCAGCAAAGCUGCUUCUACGAAGUGCUUAUUAUUUGCUCGAGCAGCCUCACUUCGCUCAAGUUGUAGAGGUAGCUGCAGAGUUCAGAGCCGAGAAUCGGUGA